UGACGUCAGCAAAUCUAUUUACUUCUUAAGGCAGAUGCUUUCUAUAAUACUCCUACAACAACCCUAUUGUUCUUCAGCUCCAUGCGCACAGACAUUGACCCGAGUGUGAUGCCCCUAUUGGGUGAGAACUGUAGACAAGAGGAGACAUACAGUAGUUUUAAUUAAUUAAAUUGUCAAAAUGAACAUAUACAUAUCACAUAUUAACUGAUAUUAUUCAAUCGACAUUGUUUUCAUAAUGGCAAGUCAUAUGGCCAUAUGUAUCAUAAAAACUAUUCUGAGAUCCUUACUUUUGAAGUCUGCAAGAUGCUGUCUUCAUUCAAGUGAGUAUCAUCCACAAGAGGCUGCUGAGGGGUGAACAGCUCAUAAUAAUGGCCGGGAAGGGAGCAAAUGGAAUGGCAUCAAACACCUGGGAACCAUGUGUUUGAUGUAUUUGUUGCCAUCCCGCCAAUUCCGAUCCAGUCAUUAACACAAGCCCGUUCUCCACAAUUAAGGUGCCACCAACCUCCUGCGGUAUCAUCGGAAGUCUAAGCCCACAAUGAAAUAUGCCUCCUAAAGAUUGUGUUGUACUGACAAAAAUGACACUUCUGUGGGUGCCUAUGGUCUUGAGCUUUGGAGGAUUAUUUUUAUUGUUUACAUUAGUUGAAUGCAUUUGUACUACAGUUGUAUCGAAAUAUUGUCCCUCCUAUUAUGCAAUUACUGUAGAUACCAUAAAAAGCACAUGAAAGGCAUGUUCUUUUGUUUUUAAAACGUGUCAGUAGCAUAGGAAUUAUACUGAACAAAAAUAUAAAUACAUCAUGUAAACUGUUGGUCCCAUGUUUCAUGAGCUGAAAUAAAAGAUCAGAGAAAUUUUCCAUACGCACAAAAAGCUUAUUUCUCUCAAAUAAAUGUUGUGCACAAAUUUGUUUACAUCCCUGUCCUUUACCAAGAUAAUCAAUCCACCUGACUGGUGUGGCAUUUCAAGAAGCUGAUUAAACAGCAUGAUCAUUACACAGGUUUUCAAUUGUCUACCAUAAGCAUCGUUUUAGAGCAGGGUUUCCCAAACUCGGUCCUUGGUGCCCCCCUGGGUGCACGUGUUGGUUAUUGCCCUAGCACUACACAGCUCAUUCAAAUAACCAACUCAUCAUCAAGCUUUGAUUAUUUGAAUCAGCUGUCUAGUGUUAGGGGCAUUAAAAAAAGUGCACCCAGGGGGGGCCCCAGGACCGACUUUGGGAAACACUGGUUUUAGAAAAUUUGGCACUACGUCCAACCGGCCUCACAACCGCAAACCACUCCGACCCAGGACCUCCACAUCCGGCUUCUUCACCUGCGGGAUCAUCUGAGACCAGCCACCCGGAGAGCUGAUGAAACUGGGUUUGCACAACCAAAGAAUUCCUGCACAAACUGUCAGAAAGCGUCUCAGGGAAGCCCAUCUGUGUGCUCGUCGUCCUCACCAGUGGACAAAUGCUCACCUUCAAUGGCCACUGGCAUGCUGUAGAAGUGUGCUCUUCACGGAUGAAUCCCAGUUUCAACUCUACCCGGCAGGUGGCAAGGGUCGCAAGCAUCUGGACACAAUUCCUGUAAGCUGAAAAUGUCCCAGUUCUUCUGUGGCCUGCAUACUCACCAGACAUACCGUAUCACCCAAGGAGCAUGGUUGGGGUGCUCUGAAUCAACGUGUACGACAGUGUGUUCCAGUUCCCGGGAAUAUCCAGCAACUUCACACAGCCAUUGAAGAGGAGUGGGACAACCUUCCACAGGUCACAAUAAACAGCCUGAUCAACUCUAUGCGAGGCAAAUGGUGGUCACACCAGAUACUGAAUGGUUUUAGGAUCCAUGCUCUACCUUUUUUUUUGUUUAAAGGUAUCUGUGACCAACAGAUGCAUAUCUAUAUUCUCAGUCAUGUGAAAUCCAUACUGUAGAUUAGGGCCUAAUUUAUUUAUUUCAAAUUGACUGAUUUCCUUAUAUGAACUGUAACUCAGUAAAAAAAUGAAAUGGUUGAAAUGGUUGCAUGUUGCGUUUAUAUUUUUGUUCAGUGUAAUUAAUGUUCUUGGAUAAAUCAAAGUUCUUUUGUGCAAAAUAUAUUAGAGGAAUCUAACCUGAAUUGUGUGUGUUUUUCUGCUUGUCAGAUUAAUUAAAUGUUUUAAUGACUGAGCCUAGAGAAAAUUGAGGUGGCUGUGCGAAGGCAUGUCUGUACUAUUGUACAUCAUUGUGUAAGAAGGGUAAAAAAGCUUGUAAUUUAUUAUAUUUAGUGGCGUAGGUAGAUGAUUAUGAAACACUGACUGUUAAUUUGGACCUAAACAAUAGAAAAUAUCUAGAGUGUAAAUUACAUGUAAUUAAUGACAAAGUAAUGUGUAUUACAGAAGUAACCUUAGUUUACUUUUUUCCUAGCUGGCUCUGAAAAUGGCCAUUAUUGAUUGGAUGGAAUAAAGCAAUUAUUUGUACAUUUUAAAGGUUAAACUGAAACAUUCGAAUGGCAUCGAUGGACCAUAUUUAGAAAUAAACUCCAAAAAGUCCCUUAUAGUAAUGUCUAAUAGGUUCACUAUCCGUAUCUGUGAACUGUUAGGCUAAUGAAAUUAUGUAUAGCCUUUCACUAAAACACAAGAUUUUACAUGAUCUGGCUGUAGCUUCAAGUUUAAAUGGGCUUAAAAAUGACAUAUUCACUAAUAUCUCUGUGUUUAUAUGGUUUGUGUUGUCUGUGAGAGAUAGAGAGAGAGAGAGAGAGAGAAAGGGAUGGAUGGGUGGUUGCCUUCUUUCUUUGUUAUCUCAACCACUCUUUAUCACCUAUUGGUGCAUGGUAGUCCCGUUUUGGGAAAUAACCUGGUUCAAUGGACUAACGGGAUUAUUAAUGUUGUUUGCCAUGUUGUAUUGUGCGCAUAAUGAAACAUUCUGUGAUAUUUCUAUUGCCAUUUUUCAUACAUUUGAAGACUUAUUGAACCAAGAAUAUUGUGAUCAAUCCACCCUAAUGUGAUGAUGUUCUGAGUAAAUGAAAGAUGAAAGAUUCACUAACGUUAUAUUGAUGUUAAUUCAUUUUAAUACCGCUUAUAAUACCAAGCAGUUUUUCUUUUAUAAUAAUUGUUUUCUUCUUAUCAGGAGCACAUACAUCCAUUUAUCAAAUAAACCUUCAUAUGCAUCCCUCCAACGCUCCCUCAUCGCAGCUCCUCCUACAGAAUAUUCUGUUCGGUUGCGCCGGGUGAGUUUUAUAGCAACUGUUGCCCAGUGAGGCAGCGCCAUAGUCACCGUAGUCCUGGCGACUGUAACCCACCAACAACAACAACCUUUCGUUCCAUCAUUGCCACCUCCACCAUCCUCACUUCAUCCUCAUCAACCAGUCCUCAGCCCAGGCGCCAUGCAGACCCCUGAGGCAGGCGCUGACUCCGCCUCCACUGUCCCUCUUCAGACCGCCGUGCCUGUGCAGCCCGCAGGCUCCGCCCAGCAGGUGACCUCUCAGGUGCCUGUCCAGCAGCAGACCCAGACUGUUCAACAGGUUCAGCAUGUAUACCCAGCACAGGUGCAGUAUGUGGAGGAGAACAGUGGCGUCUACACCAACGGAACCAUACGGACGUACUCGUACUCCGAGCCCCAGGUGUACAGCCAGAACAGUGGAGGGAGCUACUUUGACACGCAGGGCAGCUCGUCUGAGGUGUCUACAGUGGUGUCGUCCCAUGGCAUGGCCAACAAUGGAGGGGGGAACGGGGGUCUGACCAUGGGUCUGGCCGGGGGGCAGAUCAUCAGCAGCUCUGGAGCCUACCUCAUCGGGGGCAACUCUAUGGACAACUCUGCCCCCCACCCAGCCACUCAGACUACCCGAGCCUCCCCGUCCACUGUGAGUAUUGAAAUGGCGAUUGAGACGCUCCAAAAGACUGAAGGUUUAUCCAGUCAGAGAAGCUCGCUGCUCAACAGCCAUCUGCAAUGGCUACUGGAUAACUAUGAGACUGCGGAGGGGGUGAGUCUGCCUCGCUCCACCCUCUACAACCACUACUUGCGCCACUGCCAGGAGCAGAAAUUGGACCCGGUCAACGCCGCUUCCUUCGGCAAGCUCAUCCGCUCCAUCUUCAUGGGGCUACGCACGCGACGCCUCGGCACAAGAGGGAACUCAAAGUACCACUACUAUGGCAUCCGGCUGAAGCCGGACUCUCCUCUCAACAGACUGCAGGAGGACAUGCAGUACAUGGCCCUCAGACAGCAGCCUGUCCAACAGAAACAGAGGUUUAAGCCGGUGCAGAAGGUUGAUGGGGUGUCUGGGGAGAACUUCUCAGGCGGUGGCCAGCACACUCCCAGUGCAGCAGAGCAGACCGUCAUUGCACAGAGCCAGCACCACCAGCAGUACCUGGACGCAUCCCGGGCGCUGCCAGACUUUGUGGAGCUGGACCUGGGAGAGACCAACGUGGAGAACAUCGGCCCAGACGACAUCAAAGCUCUCCAGUCACUAUACAGAGAGCACUGUGAGGCCAUUCUGGAUGUGGUGGUGAACCUCCAGUUCAGUCUAAUAGAGAAGCUGUGGCAGACAUUCUGGCGCUAUUCCCCCUCUGAUUUAGUGGAGGGCACCACCAUCACAGAAAACAGUGGUAUGAGUGAGAUUGAGGGCCGUUUGCCCUGCUCCAGGCUGGUGGUGCUCUGUAGGAACGAGGCUGUGCUCAAGUGGAUGAGUUCCUGUGACCACCUGAUGUACCAGGCCCUAGUGGAGAUCCUCAUCCCUGAUGUCCUCAGACCCAUCCCCAGUGCCUUGACUCAAGCCAUCCGCAACUUUGCCAAAAGCCUGGAAGGCUGGCUCAACAAUGCCAUGAACGUCAUUCCACAGAGAAUGAUCCAGACAAAGGUUGCCGCUGUUAGUGCCUUUUCUCAGACGAUGCGUCGUUACACUAGUCUGAACCACCUGGCCCAGGCAGCCCGUGCUGUGUUGCAGAACACCUCCCAGAUCAAUCAGAUGCUCAGCGACCUCAACCGCGUCGACUUCGCCAACGUACAGGAGCAGGCGUCGUGGGUGUGUCAGUGUGAGGAGGGUGUGGUUCAGAGGUUAGAGCAGGACUUCAAGGCCACCCUGCAGCAGCAGAGCUCUCUGGAGCAGUGGGCUGCCUGGCUGGACAACGUGGUCACCCAGGUCCUACAGCCCUUCGAGGACAGGCCCAGCUUCCCCAGGGCUGCGCGUCAGUUCCUGCUCAAGUGGUCCUUCUACAGCUCCAUGGUGAUUCGAGACCUGACUUUGCGCAGCGCGGCCAGUUUCGGCUCGUUCCACCUGAUCCGCCUGCUCUACGACGAGUACAUGUUCUACCUGGUGGAACACCGCGUCGCCCAGGCAACCGGCGAGACGCCCAUCGGUGUCAUGGGAGACUUCGAUGACCUCAACGCCAUGUCGCCUGCUUACAUGGACAAAGACGAGGUGAGUGAGAUGGACAGUGACCUAGAGGAGGACAUGGAGGAGUCUGGGGAGCCGCUGGCCAAGCGGGAGAAGGCUGAGUUGCAGCAUGAGCACCAGGUGAUCCAGGUGAUUCAGGUGGGGGCUCUGGAGGACGGCUGUAACCCCGUGGUGGGGGUGGUGCAGCCGGGUAUCCUGCACUCCCUGCCCCAGCCCCCCCAGGACCACGCUGAGCACAUCCUCACCCCUUCUGCCGCCACCCCCACCAUCCGCCACUGCAGCGCCACCGGCAACACCUACGCCUCCGUCUGAAGAGAGAGACGCCCACAAACCACUCUUCUCUUGAUCUGUCUGUCUCUCCCUCUCUAUUUCAAUGGGUCACGCUGUCUCACACACACGUCUGCACUAUUUCCCUCUGUCAUGUGCUGUGUUUUCUCUGCUCUCCUCCGCCCCCAGGCCACUAGAGGACGAUGAAAAUCACCAUGACCACAGCCACUGGCGUCACACAAACCGUGGAUAGAUUAAAAGAGCUGGAUGUGAAUAGGAAUGUGGGCGGGCCGCCUCUGUCUGCUGUCAUCCCAUAUUUCUGUCCUCUGGGAGUGGAUGCUGGGUGAGGGAGGAGGAUUGGAAGGGGGGGGGGUGACCCAUGAGAUGCUGCCAGAUGUGAGACACUGACUGACCCUAGCUGUGUAGAGGGGAGGGUAUAUAUUCAAAGCUCAAAUCCAAGCCACCAGCCCCAGAUGAGCGAUGUGAUUGAUUGAUAAGAGUACUCUUGGUUCACUCUUGGUUCACUCUUAGAUCGGGUUGUUUCGUAUAUAGUGCAUAUAUAAUAAACAAAACAGAGGUGCUGUUCUCUCACAUUAGCAGAUAUUCCUCCCAAUCAUGAGGUGAUAUACGUUCUUACAGAGAAAGCAUUGACACAUUCCAGUUAAGGACAGAAUUGAGUUGAACGAUAUGAUAUUUUUGGUUGUUGUUGACUUUUUUGUGUAUUUCAAACCUUUGUUUAGAUAAUGACAUUCGGUGAUGUAUGAUUGCUUGUGAUGUGGCAGCUGUUUUGCGUUCUAUGAUUUAUUGAAUAGUGUAUAAUCGUAGCCAUGAUCCCCUGAUAACCCCGAAUGGCUUCUAGCCGUGAAGUUUGUUCUGCCCAUGAAGAAAGACGUACUCUUAUGCAUGCUGCUACUCUAUAGAAACACGAGGCGAGACAGACGGACGGACUGGAUGUACUAUACCACUACAACACUAGCUUUUCUACGCACUUCAUGCAUCGUAUGGGAUGCUCUUGACUUAUUGCCUUGGUUUGGUUGGAUUUAGAUACUGGAUAGUGUGAUAAAAAUGUAAUUAGUUAAGACUCGUAUAAUCUACCGACAUGUUCUCAGUGUGUGUGUGUUUGUAGUUUCUAUCUUGGUAGAUGUCUUAAGUUGUGAAUGGACCAAAAAAAACAAACCAACCAGAGGAAACUGGCAGAGAGUGAGAGCCAUCAUGGCCGCCACAGUGGUCCCGGCGAGGCUGCUGCGUGUCCCGUUUUCCUGUCCCAACAGUGCUGUGGGUGGUGUUGCAGAGCAGACUGAAUGUCAGGGAUUCUAUGUACCUCGGCUUCAUCCUAGUGCCUUAAUAACCCUUACUGCAGCUGUCCAUGUAGUUCUGACUGAUUAUGUGGUUGUGGGGAGGGAUAGUACAUUCUGUGUUACUGUCCCAGCCACAGCUUUGGCCCUCUCUCUGGUGACUUGUGGCUGGAUUUGGGCUGGCUCGUUGGUGUUACUGAAGGCUGGGGAGGUGCAGGUUCAGAGGUGCUUGUAGUUUUCUCUGGAUUGUGCCGGUUCUAUUACUUUUUGUUUCUUUGUUCGGUUUCCCACUGAUGUGGGUGUGUUGCCUCGUUCCUGCUCUCACUCUCUCUCUCGAGGCCUGCUCCUGCUUUGGCAUGUGCAAUCGGGUGAAGCGUGCGCGUGUGCCGACGUGAGCGCUCGACCUGAUCGAGAUGAUGGUUGCGCGUAACCGUUGUGGUUGUUGUGGAUGAAUGAGUCCGAGCGUGGGUUUUGCGCACACCCACUAGUCACCCUACCUCACACCAGCGGUGCCAGCCUUUUAACACAUGCAGCACGUCACCAAACCUUGUUCUCACACACAUAUGUAUCCUUACUACUCCCACGACACACCACAAUAACACUAUAUGCCUCUCACACUACACAGCUAAAAAUACACAUGGUCAUUUUAGCCCAUUCAGUCCUCAGUCCACAUCAUCAUCUCUUGUUCUAUCGGUUGUAAAGUGCAUUUUUGUAUAGUGGACCAAAAGUAGAUAUUUUCUGAUAUUUAAAGAUAUAUAUAUAUAUAUAUAUAUAUAUAGAUAGAUAGAUAGAUAUAUAUAAGGAUGAUACAAUACGUAUGUAUUCAUCUUUAUUUGUUUUGUUUUUCAUGUGGUUGAUCUGUCAUCCGUGGUUGUUUCGUUGGUAGUUAGCUCUUCUGUGAUUGGUCGAUUGACUGUGAAAUGGGCGGGGGCAUGGGGACCAGCUUCUGACGACACUGGAUACACAUUUUGUACUUGAACUGUUAUUGAUCGCUUUUAGGAAAUGGACAGCACACUGGCAAAAGGUGUUGAACUGGAAGAAUCUUGUUGAUACUACUGAAAUUACUUUUCUGUUUUUUGUUUAACUCUCAUAUCUGGAGAACUGUAUGCACCAAUGCUUUGCCUAGACUUUAUUUAUUGGUAUUUAUUGUGCUUUUGUUUUACUAUUUGAGAAGUUAUUCUUAAGUUAUGCACACGUAUCCAUACCAGUCUUGAAAAUGAAAUUACACUAUAUAUACAAAAGUAUGUGGACAUCCAUUCAAAUCAGUGGAUUCAGCUAUUUCAGCCACACCCGUUGCUGACAGGUGUAUAAAAUCAUCGAUCACACAGCCAUGCAAUCUCCAUAGACAAACUUUGUCAGUAGUUUGGCCUCACUGAAGAGCUCAGUGACAUUCAACGUGGCACCAUCAUUUCCAACAAGUCAGUUCGUCAAAUUUCUGCCCUGCUAGAGCUGCCCCAGUCAACUCUAAGUGCUGUUAUUGUGAAGUGGAAACGUCUAGGAGUAUCAACUACUCCGAAGUGAAGUGGUAGGCCACACAAGUUCACAGAACGGAAACACCGAGUGCUGAAGCGCGUAGCGCGUAAAAAUUGUCUCUCCUCGGUUGCAACACUCACUAACGAGUUCUAAACUGCCUCUGGAAGCAACGUCAGCACAAAAACUUGCCUGCACAGACCCUGACCUCAACCCCAUCGAACAUCUUUGGGAUGAAUUGGAAGGCUGAAUGCAAGCCAGGCCUAAAUGCCUUCCCAGAAGAGUGGAGGCUGUUAUAGCAGCAAAGGAGAGACCAACUCCAUAUUAAUGCCCAUGAUUUUGAAAUGAGAUGUUUGACGAGCAGCUGUCCACAUACUUUUGGUCUUGUAGUGUAUGAGUUCUGACAAUUUUUACUACUGAGAAACAAAAUGUACCUGCUAAAAAAAAUGGAAAUUAUGUUUUCAGAGGAUCAUGAAUUUAUUUUAUCAACUACAUUUUCUUUAGAUAUAUAUGGUACUUAGCAGAUUGUGCAUGUGUGAUUUACUUUAUGAGAAAGGGCCAUUCUACUGAUAAUGCCUUUUACUAGUUCACUGAAGAUAAAGUGCAUUCACUUUAGACUGAAAAGGCAAUUGACCUUGCUUACAGGUUAUUGAAGGCUUUGGGCAUUUGUUUACAUGUCAAACUUUGACCACACAGAAAUUACAAGAUCUUACUCAACCUGACUGUACAGUCAGUCACCUAACAUGUCAUUAGAGAUGGCUCUUGAACUUUGACCUUUUUGUCCGGAAAAUACUGAAGAUGUUAAGAUGAAUUGUGUAUUCAUUUGUGCCUGGAGUGCAAACAGCUUACAGAUGUGCUUUAGAAUCUUGAAAGUGCUUUUUUUGAUCUUGCAUGCCUUUUUGUGCUGCUAGAAUCUAUUGGUUCGUCUACUUUGUGUUUGGUUUUCUUUGGAAUAUGUGCCAGAUUGUAAAUGCUGUAUUCACUCUGCGACCUCAUCAAACCUGCCUGUUUCAAAACUGGACUCAAGCCAAUUCUGUCAACACAAAUGAUGUUGUAAUCAUAGAUAAUCAUUCACAAAAAGUAAUACGUUUAUUUGUUUGGAACAAAAAAUAUUAUAGGUCCUUCCCCAUAGUCUUACGUCACUGAUGGCUCCUGGCAACGUGUGGCGUUAGAAGACAAUAGGGCCUUGAUUAAUUGAGCCCAUUUCUAACCUAAAAGGUUUGAUACAGCAACUACAACAACAAAAAAUGAAAAGGAAACAAUCUUGACAUCCUGAAAAACAUAUCAGCUAUUCUCAAACUGUCAGUUGGAAGUGGUGAGAAUACAUCAGCUUCACUGAUCCACAAGACUCCAGUGCCUUUAAUUUGACCCAGACAGCUGGGCCUAACGUCUCUGGUCUGACUCCAUGGCUCCAGACACAGGCUCUUUAGAGCAGACUUUAUGAAAGAGGUGAAAAUGGCUGCUCACAUGGAGAAGAGGAUAUGGGCCUAUGGGAUCGUACAGUCCUAUCCUUAAUUCUGACCUCAUCCAACUGACUACUGGUCAACUGUCACUGACCAAUGACCAAACAUGACAGUUUACACUGGGUGGGGCAUUCUCCACAUAUUUGCUGUUGGAUGGAGCUUUAGGAGAGAACUACUACAGAUUUACAUUAUCACUAAACUAAGAGAAAGAUUGGAGUACUACUGGACUGGGAUAUUUGCCAAUGGCAACACUGUACUAUCAUUAUCAUUUCCUUUUGUUGUAUGAUAUUAUGAUAUUCACUGAUUGCUGUAUGGUGGCUUUAUUCUGUUUGAUUUUCAAUAUUUUCUUGAUCUAUUUUAAGUGCCAUUUGACGGUCUAGUGAGUUGUGGCCCACUGUAGCACGCUCUAAUGCAAGCACAAGCAUUUGGCAGUGGAUAUUAGGGAAACCUUUUCCUUGAACCCCUUUCCCCCUAAGAUGUAAAUAUAGACAAAAUGGGAAGAAAUAUUUAUUUGUCUCUUAAAUAUUUGUUUUGUUCUUUUUGGAUGAUUUUAUUUCAUCUGAUAUGUUGGCAAAAGUACUUUGUGAUUUCUCUUGUUUUGGAUAAUGUAUUGUAUUUAUAUAUACAUAUCAUGUGACUUUUUGUUUCAAGUUACGUCUUAGUAUAUACUAUCUUCUGAAAUUGGCAAGAGAAAACCGAUAAGUGUAGGGUGAUUUGUAAUGUGUAUUUUACAUAAAAGAUUAAACUGUGGAACUUUUAUAUUUAUAAAGGCAUAUUAACAUUAAGGCCAAGGGCUCUAUUCAAUUUAAAGGCAAUGUUCCCACUUUAGCGGAGACUGCAUUCACGGUAAACGCUGCAUAUGUCGGCUCAAUCGGAAAUAACUUUUACAGUUCUAUCGCGCAAUCUGUAAAGCUUCAGCGAUAGAUUGAAUAGAGCCCUCAGUGUGUCGUAAUGAUGGAAAUAUAGGAACUAUUAAAGACAUGUAGUUUGGUUUUCUGAAUAUUUCAGACUUGAGCUCAGGCUAGCUUAGUGUUGUUUUCUUAAUUUGUGGCUUGUCUUUAAAUUAAUAAACUUUUUCUUGUUAAAUAUAA